AUGUAUCUAUUUUUUUCUCCUAUUAUGCUAACUUCAGAUUCAUCUAUAACUACAAUUAAUGCUUUUAAAGCCGUCCUGCUAAUUUUAUUAUUUUUUGGAACGUUUUUGGCAUCAACGUCAUUUCUUUUGAUCAAAAAAUAUAUUAUUGGAGGAGCUGAAAGCAAUCAUUCCUCACAUUUUGGACGAAAAAUAAUUUCUUUAAUCUCCUGUUUUGGUGGCGGUGUUUUCUUAGCAACUUGUUUACUUGAUUUAUUGCCUGACUCAAUUAACGGAAUCAAAAGUGCUGAGAAAAGGCUUGGGUAUCAAAUUAAAUUUCCUUUGCCUGCGUUUUGUGUUUCGCUUGGUUUUCUGAUUGUUUUAAUUUUAGAGCAGACAAUUAUUUAUGCUAAUAAACGCAAUUGGCUAAGCAAUUCAUUUAUGGAGCGUCUUUCCCGACGUGAGGAUGGUCAUGGUAUUUUAACUUUAAAUAGAAGAACUAAUUCAAGUGAAAAUUUGGAAAAUACUCAUCUUCUAGAAAAUGAUGAUAAUGAAUUAGAAUCAAAUGAAGAUUAUUCUAUAUUUAGAAUACUUUUAAUGGUCUUUGCUUUAUCAUUACAUGCUGUUUUUGAAGGGCUUUCUGUUGGAAUGAUGACUGAUGUUAAUUUGUUGUUGCAGGUUUUCUUUGCUUUACUCAUCCACAAAACAAUUGUUGGAUUCAGUCUAGGCCUACGUUUGGUUCAAUCCCGUCUUCAUCCUCCAACCGUUGUUCUAUGUUGCGCAGUUUUUUCCCUACAAGUCUGUAUUGGUGGCUUUACUGGAUUGGCUGCAACUGCUUGUGGUACCUUUCUUUAUGUAACAGCAUUUGAAAUUCUUCCGCAUGAAUUGAAUAAUGAUUCUAAUAUUCCGCAAAAAAUGUCAUCUCUCGUUUUAGGUUUUGCUUUAAUUUCGAUAUUUAUUGCUUUAUUUCCUGAUUCUGAUUCUUGAAUUUAUUUUUAUUAAUUGUUCUAAAUUUCACAUUGUCUGUUUUUUUGACUAAAAUUCGCAUUCCCCAAGUCUUCUAAAAAUAUUUGAAAUUUUUCUUAUUAAAACUCAAUUCUUAUCUCAAAACUUCAAUCUCUACAUAAACAUAAAUCAUUUUUACAUUCCUUACCUUCGGGUAGUUUCGCUUUUAUAUGUGC